GCCACACAAGAAGCCUAUAACGGUCGCAACCCUUAUGGAGUUCACAAAGUCUCUUUGCUUCGCCAUUCAUCUUGAGACCAGAUCUUCCUCCACUCUUCGUGAAAACAGGUGGAAGUCACAAUGGCCGAUCCUAUUUCACUCGCUCUGGGAAUAACACCACUUGUUCUAUCAGCCAUUAAGGGAUUGAAGGCCGUUCGUUCAACACUAAAAGCACUCCGUGGACAUGAUCGAGCAAUUCGAAGGUUACGAAGAAGCUUCACCACCCAAUCGCAUGUUUUCUUAGACGAGUGCCACCUGCUUCUCCAGCAGGUUGCUGACCCAGAUGAUGUUGUCUUCAUGCUUGAGGACGGCGAGAGCGAGCUCUGGAGCGACCCCAGCCUAGAUGAGAAACUUAAAGAACAUCUAGGUCGCAAGUUUGAAGAGGUCAAAGAAAUCGUUGAGGAGAUCCACAGCCAACUCAAAACCCUAGAUGGAGAACUCAAUCGCACGUUACACCCUGGCAAGCAAGAUGUUAAGCUUACUACCUCCGAAAAGGUUCGCGAAGCCUUUGACCUAUUAUCAAACAAGACAGACUAUGAGGAGAAUAUCGAUUAUCUCAAAGAGCUCAACCAAGAAUUCAAACGACUGCGUCGAAUGGCGAAAGAAAUCCAAAGUAGCCAGAUACUCGCGAAAACACAUAGUCAAAAACGAAUACCAAAAGAAUAUAGAAUCAGGGGCGAAUACGCAAAGUCGUUUUAUAAUGCCUUGAGAUACUGUUGGUCCUGUACAGAUGUUGAGCAUACGGAACAUUACAUGGCACUCGCUCUGAACUGUGGAAGUGGCCAUGAUAUGCGUAUAAUCUUGCAGCGUGCGCAAGGAAACAGUUUCUCUCCCGAUGGUAAUGCUCUUACUUUAUCUAUCAGGCCCCAAAGUUUGCCACCAAGGGGAGCUGAUUGUACCAUCGGACGUGUCGACGCAGCGUUGACAUUAUCCGAUGUGCACGUGCAACCCCUGAAACGGAUAAGACUUGGGUCCGAUCGAUGGCUAAAGAGACUCGAGAGACCACCACCAUCGCCGCCCGAAUAUUCCUUCCAAACAACUUUGGUAGACUCCCAAGGCGGGUCCACGGAAAUGGUAGUCGGGACAGUUGACCAGCCUCAACAAUCGACUAUGCUAACAGAAGCUGAUUCCGUCGAGAGCUUACGAGAGCCAAUUGACUUACGAAAGUCGCAUAACGUUUGCGGAGCGUUGCUCAGAUUGGCAGAACCUAGCUCCAAGCUUGUGGGUUUUCUUGAUACACCUGACAGCAUUAGGCACGCUCUCACUGUUGGCGGCGCUAUGUAUGGCGAAGUGUCAGGAUCGGACUCGGGUAAGAAAGCGCUACCGCUUCUCAAAAUUCUAGAAAAUGCCCUAGAUGCGGAUCUAGGCGUCACCCAACAGCUUCGUCUUGUAUUGCAACUAGCAAAAGGACACCUGCAACUUCAUUGGACACCAUGGUGGCGCCAGUACUGGUCACUCUCUGACCUAUCCUACUUCCCCGAUUCCUCAACCAUUGGCACCACAGACCUCAGUGACUGCCUGAAGAGCCUUCACAUAGGUACGCGGCUCGACUUCGAGACGCUCAACUUUGAUACAUCUACGUUUUGCUUGGACCCUGAAGUCGAGACGGCGCUCUUGACCCACGGCAUUCGUAACCUAUCCCUCUACUGUCUCGGUAUUGCAUUGCUGCAAAUCGGUCGCUGGGACCCCCUGGCCAAUGCCGUCAACGAUGUCGUGGCCGUUCGUAAGCUGGCCGCCCGAAACGGCCGUCUAGGACCGCGGUACCAAGCACUCACGCAGAAGUGCAUCGAGUGCGACUUUGGAGAAGGCUCGGACCUGGGCAACCCGCAGUUGCAAGGCACGGUCUACGAGUCGGUGGUAUGCGAGCUCGAGAGCCUGAUCGGCGUAUUAGAGAAGAUAUAAGCAUGAAUGAGAAGUGCUCAGCAUCACGGCGUGCCGAGAGCCUGUGUUGUAGCGCAGCGAGUCACUCGUAGAGCUUCUCAAGAUGAGCAAUCUGAUGAUUAGUGCACGACGUUAAAAGAGAAUGAUGUUGUCACGGAAAAAACGACGCCAUGCAAGAUUAGCGGUCUUUAUACGGCAUACCCACUACUCCGCGACAGAUUUAUUCAUAAUCGCCGGAUAAUUGUUACAACCUGAUACCCUAAGAGAAACAAGGAGAGUACUGAAAGGCGGAUUCUGCGCCUGCUUGCCAUAUUUUAAACCGCUAAUAACAUAUGUUACGCGUACGUAUGACUGAGUAUAU